CAGUGAAGGGUUAAGGUGUAAUGGGAUGAAUGGAUGAAUGGAUAUUGUGACGAACAGCGUCUGAUUACAGCCUGAGAAGACAGGCUGGCUUGCGGAGGGAGGACCGAGUCCUGCGAUAUCGAGCUUAAAAAGUGCUUCCAUAAACUUUAGAGGUAAGCACACGCCAUUUAAUUUCAGCCGCAGAAAAUAUUGCGUGUUUUACACAGACACCGAACCUGCUAAGGAGGUUAAAUCCAGGCAUUUGACGUUGUAUCAUGGCGGAGGGGAGUACGACUUACAAGACGUUGAAAUGAACAUUUGUAACAUUGGACUGAGGAUUCGCUUUUAACAUCAAAUUGUUCAAGCGACAACCCGGGAAGGAAACAACAACCUCCAGGUGCAUUCUUUACUUCUGGGGUCCUCCAGCACGGAGCGAAACAGGCUUUAUCUGCUCCACUGUCUUCCAAGCCGGGAAGACAUCCUUUGGGACAUCUGUACAUAUCUAUUUUUGUCUCUGUGAAGUUUCAUCUCAAGCCGCCAUCAUUCCGUGCUGCAAGGCGGACCGCAAAAUGUCCUCUGAUGGAGACCUCAGUACCCUUGAAACCUGCGAUAGUUUCUGGGAGCCAGGAAACUACAAGAGAACGGUGAAGCGGGUAGACGAUGGCCACCGACUAUGUAAUGAGUUGGUCAGCUGUUUCCAGGAACGUGCUAAGAUCGAGAAAAGCUAUGCUGUGCAGCUGAGUGACUGGGCCAAGAGGUGGAGAAGUGUGGUCGAGAAAGGGCCUCAGUAUGGUACCCUGGAGAAGGCGUGGCAUGCAUUCAUGCAGGCAGCCGAUCGGCUGUGUGAGCUGCAUCAAGAACUGCGUGACCGACUGGUUGGAGAAGACAGUGAGAAAGUGCGAUGUUGGCAGAAAGAAACCUACCACAAGCAGAUGAUGGGAAGUUUCAGGGAGACUAAGGAGGCUGACGAAGGCUUCCGCAAAGCCCAGAAACCAUGGGUCCGCAAAUUAAAAGAGGUGGACUCAACUAAAAAGAGCUAUCAUCAGGCCAAGAAGGAGGAGUGGACAGCCAUUAAUAGGGAAACCCACGCUAAGGCCGACACAUCCAAGUCUCAAGAGGAAGUCAGCAAAUACACGAAUCGGGUGGAGCGCUGCAACCAGGAGGCUGAAAAAGCAAAAGAGCAUUAUGAAAAAGCCCUAGAAGAGUUGAACCGUUGUAACCCUCGCUACAUGGAAGACAUGGAACAGGUGUUCGACCUCACCCAGGAAGCUGAGCGCAAGAGGCUGUUCUUCUUUAAAGAGGUUCUGCUGGACAUCCAUACUCACCUUGACCUGUCCAGCAAAGAAGGUUUCAGAGAGCUGUACCAGGACCUGGGUCGGAGCAUCCGAUCAGUGAAUGAGGCAGAAGAUCUCCGAUGGUGGAGGAACACCCACGGACCAGGAAUGGGCAUGAACUGGCCACAGUAUGAAGAGUGGUCGCCAGAGUCAAGUCGGCCAAUCAGCAGGAAGGAGCGAGAAUCUGAUGACAGUGUAGUCACCCUCACCAACAUUGUCACGUCGGGCAGAGGGAACGUCUCACCUAGCCCCAUCACCCAAAUUGCCACCAGGGUUGUGAAAGACUAUUCGUCAGACUGGUCCGAUGAAGAUAACCCAAAGAAGGUGGCAGCAAACGGUCUUGGAGAAUUGGAGGCCAAAGAGGAGCAGGUAGAGGGUGUGCGAGUCCGAGCGCUCUAUGAUUACACGGGACAGGAGGGGGAUGAGCUCAGCUUCAAAGCAGGAGAGGAGCUGCUGAAGCUGGGCGAGGAAGACGAGCAGGGCUGGUGCAAGGGACAGCUGAGCAGCGGCCAGUUGGGCCUUUACCCCGCCAACUACGUCCAGCUCGCAAGCUCCUGAUGGAGAACCACAGGACCACCGCUGUCAAAUUAGCCCCGACUGGAUUACUGACUUUAAAACCUUCCGCCACUUUUAUGUUCAGCACAAUUCCAGAAAAACGCUUUUAACAGCCCUAAGAGAAAUCUAACAAACAACACUUUUGUCCAUCUCACUGGACAUGAUCGCUGCGCUGCUUGGUGUGGUCAAUGCUCGCCAGGUGCCAAGCUGAGCUGUCUAACGUUUUAUCAGAUUUAUUUAGAAAUAUUCUUCCAAAGAGAUUGUGUAAAAAAAAAAUGUACAAAACCAAAUAUGUAUUUUAGGAUGAGUUUGUAAAUCCACAAAUGGAUUUCUUUUGUUUUCUCUAUUCCUUCUACCUGGUGGUUGGAAAUAGAACUGCAUGUAGGUUAUAAUGCUUUGCAGCGCCGCCCUGCUGUCAGCCUGGGGGAUUACACACUGAUUCCAGCUGAUGUUUUUAUUUCACCUUUAAAAACUAAAUUGCGAUGUAAGCAAGAUUUUUUGUGACCUUUUCCCUCUUUUUUAGCGUCUUGUUGAAUUUGUGGAGUGUGUGACUUCUUUUCUUUUACACGCGAUCGCUUAGUCAGCUGAUUUUGGGUAUGCGGCUUGUAAUUAUUUUAUAAUUAUGUUUAAUAUAAUGAUGGCUCCAGAUUUUUCUGUAAAUGUCGCAGCGCUCUUGGCAUCGAUAGUGCAAGUUGAAGCACACCAUGAAAUACAUUUGGAUGUUUUUAAGUUCAUGAGGGGAAUUUUUCUUUGCCUUGGAUCAAAGAUACUAACGUGAACAUUUAAUUUGACUUUUUCUCCCCUAACAUGUCAUCUCUGCAACACAUAAAGUUGUUGAUUCCACUAUCAAGCUUUUACGUUUUUUUGUCGCAAAUAAUCAUUAAGGAAUGUGAUCAUGUCUGAAGAGAGCUUCUUAUCUGUAACACAAUCCACACAACGAUACAGAAUCAGGCAUUGAACACUGUCUUGUCUUGUGAAUUGCAUGUUUUAUUUUGAAAAGCAACUCCUCUUGUUUCAGAUCACUUGCCCUUCCUCUUGUGUCAUCAGUUUGACGUCAUCCCUGACCCCUGAUUGUUUCCACCUGUUUCCCAUUACCCUCAUGUGUCACAUAAGCCCACGCCUCCCCUUGUUCUGUGCCAGAUUGUCUCGAGUUUUCGUGCCUGUCUCGUGUCCAUGUCUAUGUCCAUGCCUUGCCUUGUCCCAUGCUUAUUUUCCUGGAUCCUGAAUUCCCACGCUGCUAUUUUGAGUUUGACUUUUUCUCCUCCUCAGUAGAGUGAAUUUUGUUAUUUAGUUUUUUUUCCUUAAAUUUUUUGAGUGAGUUUUACUUUACCAUUAUUAGAUUAAGAAUAAGUGUAGAAAUUUUCAUAGUCAUUGUUUUCUUCCUCCUGUUGGAGCGUUUUAUGUUAAUAAGUUUCAUAGCAGAUACGGCGCAAAUUAUAGUUAGUCUUUGUUUUAGUAUUUUCCUCCUUUAAAGAGUGAUUCUUGGUUAUUCCCGUUUUUGGAACCUUUUCCGCCGACAGUUAUUUGUUAUUUGUAGAUAUUGUAUUACUCUGACUCUGGAGGUGAAAGAGCCGUCAAAAUAAAAGCCCGACUAAUUAUCCCUA